UCUCAUCAACACAAGCUGAGAGUGAUACAUACACAUAUAUGUAUAAGCCCAUUUCUGCAAUAUAAUAUUCACCCUACUGAUUCUCUAUAUACAAAGAUAUUAUAUGUCAUCAAUGGCGGCUUCUCUGUUGAUUUUCACCAGAUAUUGCAUGUCAUUAAUUCUUAUUGUUUUGGUGGGUAGCAGAAGCAUUUAUGCUCAGCUUUCACCAGAUUUCUACUCCCAUUCUUGUCCUGAACUCUUCCCCACAGUGAAAUCCACCAUGGAAGCCGCAAUUAACAGAGAAGGCCGAUUAGGUGCCUCCAUUCUUCGAUUGUUCUUCCAUGACUGCUUCGUCAAAGGAUGCGAUGCCUCGAAUCUGUUUGAUGAUACUCCCACCUUUAUCGGAGAAAAAAAAGCAAGCCCGAAUCGUGGUUCUGCUCGUGGAUUUUAUGUAAUUGACAAUAUCAAGGAUGAGGUAGAAAAUAUGUGCCCUGGUGUUGUUUCUUGUGCUGAUAUUUUAGCAAUUGCUGCGAGAGAUGCAGUUACUAUUCUUGGAGGCCCAUACUGGGAUGUAAAACUUGGAAGAAGAGAUGCAAUGAGUGCAAGCCAAGCUGCUGCAAAUACCAGCAUUCCUCCUCCAACCUCCAACCUUACUCAACUCAUCUCUAGCUUCACUUCUCGUGGCCUUUCCAUCACGGACAUGGUUGCCCUUACUGGAGGUCAUACAAUUGGACGAGCAAGGUGCAGAAACUACAGAGCUCGAAUCUACAACGAACCCAACAUCGACAUGUCCUUCUCAAGAACAAGGCGAUGCAGGUGUCCGAGAUCUAACAUGACCGGAAACAACAAUCUGGCGCCGGUUGAUUAUCAGACUCCGGGAGUUUUUGACAACAGCUUCUUCAAGAACCUGGUCAACAAUAAGGGUUUACUCCACUCUGACCAGCAACUCUACAACCAUGGCGCUGGACCCACUGAUUCCAUAGUGCUCACCUACAGCUACGAACCCAGCACCUUCGCCUCUGAUUUCGCCGCUGCCAUGAUCAAGAUGGGAGACAUCGGGGUUCUCACUGGAUCAGACGGGGAGAUCAGGAAGAAUUGCAGGAGGGUGAAUUAUUGAGAGUCAGUGUCACAUAUAUAUGUGUUUGUUUGUUUUUUUUUAAUUAAAUAUAUAUAUAUAUAUAUAUAUAUAUAUAUGGUUCAAAUUGGGGAAAUAAAACAUGUACGUUCUUUAGGGAAGAUGUAU